UUUACACAUCUGGCAACACUGGUCUCCCUUUCCCUUUUGUAAAAAAUAAACAAAAAAAGCUCAAAUUCUACACAUUUGUGCGGGCGCAAAGUGUUAGUUGAAUAGGCACACCGCGAUUUGCAAAUAAACUUAAUAGAUUAACAUUACAAAUAUAUGUAAAAACGUUUAUUGCGCAUUCCACGGCGUCAGAGCACAGAGCAAAAGCGAAGUUUAUUAUCAUAUUGCCAGCACAGUUGGCGAUGGCCACAGCACCGCGUGCCCUGGACACCAUCUCACUGUGCUCCACCGUCUCGAGUUGCCCUGAUCGCAAUGGCUUCUAUGGUGGAUUUCAGCGAACAGACAAACCCAAAGAGCCCUUGUCCAAGGCCCAGAUAAUAGCACGUGAAAAGAAAUGGCUCUACAUGAUUGAGAAUUGGUCAAUAUACAUGUCCAAAAACUACAAGAAGAUACGUGAUCGUUGUCGUAAGGGCAUACCGAAGUCAGUGCGCCCCAAAGCUUGGUUCUAUCUAUCCGGUGCUUAUCUUCUUAAAAAGAAGAAUCCAAAUGUGUACAGUGAACUGCUGGAGAAACCGGGCAAUCCGGCUACAAUUGAGGAGAUCAAAAAGGAUAAACAUCGUCAGUUUCCAUUUCACGAAAUGUUCCUGGACGAGGAGAAAGUGGGCCAAAUCGAAUUGUUUAACGUGCUAAAGGCCUAUUCGAUAUAUAAUCCUAAAGUGGGCUUCUGUCAAGCGCAGGCACCGAUAGCUGCUUUUCUAUUGAUGCAUCUGCCCGCUGAGGAUGCCUUCUGGGUAUUUGUAAGCGUAUGUGAUGUCUACCUGCAGGAUUAUUUUAUACCUGGACUCGAGGUAAUACAAAACGAUGCUGGCAUAUUGGAGGGUCUGCUCAAGAAAACCUGCCCACCCGUCUAUCGUCAUCUGCAGAAGCACAAAGUUGAGCCGCUACUCUAUAUGACCGAUUGGUUCCUAUGUGCCAUGACCCGCACAUUGCCCUGGGAGACUUUGUUGCGUGUAUGGGAUUGCUUUUUAGCCGAAGGUAUAAGGGUUAUAUUUAAAGUGGCCUUGGUCAUCAUUGGUGCCUCGCUCAGUCGGCAUAAGGUGCGAAAAACCUGUACUGGGCUAUGCGAAACUUUGGCAGUGCUACGCUCCCCGCCCGAUCACAUUCUUGAGGAGGAGUUUAUCAUUAACAAUAUGAUGCGUCUUAAUUUGCGCGUCGAAGAUUUUCAGAUUGAGCAUACGCGUCAGAAGGCGCGUCGGGCCAAGCAGAAGGCUCAACAUGAGGCAGGAUCAGGCGAAUCGAGUUCUAGCAAUGGGCGACGCAAUAUUCCAACGCUGUGAGGCGGGCCUAGAGCAAUAAUAUUAAUUAUAAUAAUAAUAACUAACUAACUAUAACUAAAACUACAACAGGCAGCAAACAAAUUGUUAUUAUACACACACACACACAAGAUUUUUGUACGUAAAGUCGAAUAGAAAGCGUCGUGCACAAAUUUGGAGAAAAGUGACUAGAAAUCAUUAAGUUGAGCAGUUAAUUAAUUAAGAAAUACUGUUCCUCUGAUAUUAUAUCCUUGUGAAAAAUUGCAUUAACUUUGUCGCGGAGUUUAUAAUACCUAAAAAGAUAUAUCCGUUUAUUAAGUAAACCUUUGAUAUAUAUGUAUAUUUCUCUGAUCGGGCACAAAGAGAUUUUAGUUUUUUUUUUUUAAUAGGUCAAACUUUUCAAGCGAUCUUUGCAAGGAUAUAAGAAAUCCUUUGGCCCAGCCAAAGAUAGGUUUUUGACCAUUUUUCAAGUUUUAUAUGCAAAAGGGAUAUGUUGCAAUAAUCAAGCAACAAUUGAGAAUGAAUUUUGCAAUAUUAUUAACUGUGGUUUUUUUUUCUCUAAAGAAUUCCUAUCAUUCCAUUCUAUCAGAUUUAAUUUAUUUUGAAGUUUUAAACUUUUGUUAAACAUAUUCAACUUUGUUCUAUUUUGUUUUCAAUGUGAGUGCAAUUGUUUAUGCUUUUCAAAAGUAUUUAUUUAUAGCAUAUUUAUUAUAUUUACAGUAAAAACAAAUUUCUUUUAGUAUUAGAUAUUGUGGAGUACAUCGUACAUAUCGUAUUAUCAUCGUAUUAUUAUUAUGAACCGACAUUUGAUAGGAGCAACGGAAAGUGGAAUUAUUAUAUUUAACUCUAAGCUCAAAUCAAAGUAUUUGUUUAUAAACAAACUG